CCUCCGACCUCGUCAGCGAAUGAACGCUAGCUCGCGUCGAAAUCAGUGGCGAUAUAAAAAAGUUGACUUUUUUGUAUAAAAAUCGUGCUGUGUCUUAUACUUAUCAAGUGUGGACUUUGGAUUAUUAUUUCUGUAAAAUUUUGCGGAGGAUCUUCAAGGAUACAGUGAAAAACUGGAAAUAAUAGUGUCGCCACGAUGAAGAGCCUGUGAACGUUCGGUGCUGGGCGUGAGCGGCGCCUCACGAGAUGACCUCCGAGCGAGCCAUCCCUCACCUGAGGGACAUCUUCGGCCUCAACCAGCAGUACGACGGCAAGCCCUUCGACGACAACGACGACAAAACCAAAAAGUCCAUCCGCAAGAAAAAGGAGGACUACAGAACUUACGCCAAUGGAGACGUCAAAACCCUCGAAAGACAUCUCAGCAUGAAGAAAACUAUAAGGAAAAAGAUAAUGCGCGACCUGCAGCAGGCCUUCGUUGAAGACCCGAACGAGUUUAAAGUCGAGAACACGAGCCCGGAGAAGCUGAAGUCGGAACUCAGCGCGGAGGCGGUGAAAAUAGAGAAGAAUGUGCGGAAAAACGAUCCCACGUUCCUGGACAUGCUCCGGGGGGAGACGCGGGGCGAGGAGGCGAGGGAGGAGCAGCCCACGGCGGAGAAGACGAGCUUCUGGCGACGUCUCACCAUGAAGAACAAAAAUAAGAGAUAAUCUGCUCGCGCGUCGUCGCCACUCUAUUUAGCUAAUCCGCAAAUCGGAACGGAGUGUUACUUUUUGCGUUAACAAAUAGGUUCCUAGAUUUUAUAAUUUAAGUAUAAGAAAUUAAACUAGUGAUGUACCCUGUAAAGAGUCAUUAAAAAACUUUGUCGACCGACAUUGAAGCAUGACUGCAACGUUCCUACAUAUACUCCUAAGUAAAAUAAGGAAGGAGAAAGAUGCAAUAGGGGCAAAGCACAGCACGAGGAUAAGUAGGUAAAUAGAUGCCAAUCAUGUGUGCAUCAUGCAUGCCAAAAUACACUGCCCGCGAUUAGUUUCUACCUACAUAAUAUUAAGUGAAGGUCUCAUUGUAAUGUUCCUAUAUAUUUAACUACUUACCUCGUGCUUACCCUCACGACACCUGUGCAGCCAAUAAUGUGAAGCACACACAGCCGAAAUCAUGCUUCUGUGUCACAGUGAAAUCUCAAAAAGCGACAAAUUGCAAGAACGAUACGGUCACAUGUAUUUGUAUUAUUAAUUUGUUACUCAUUUGUCGCUGAGUAAGUUUCCAAGUUAACAAUCGUCACAGAGUCACGUUAUCAAACAAAAGCAUGUGGUGGUAAGACCUUCCUCAAUUUUGAAAAACUGAAAUUUCGUCAGCUCAUGCUUUUACCCUAAUAAGUAACCACGGGAGGCAACUAUAAAAUUUGGACCGUUGUGUUCAAGCCACAACGCUACCUGCUAUCUUCCAAAACCAUCACUAUCCAAAUUUCAUAGACGCCGACCGUAUUUAAUUUCCUAUAGUAGGUAUAAAAUCACCAUCACAGGUUUUCAGUCCAUUAUAGAACUUUGACUUUUUCAAAAGAGCAACUGUUGAGUUUCUUGCCGGUAUCUUCUCAGCAGAACCUGCCUUCCGAACCGGUGGUAGAAUCUUUACAAAUAGUCAACUGACUACUCGUACACAUUAUAAAUCUGUCAAUAUCUAGGUUAACGCAUAAAGUUUCACUCCUCACUCCGCCAGUUCAAACCCAACACAAGCUGUGCUGUGCUUCGUUUUAACUGUACGGCAGAUUGAGUUUAUUGUUUUUUUAAACCUUCGCCUUUAAAUUAGCUAUCCUUUGCUUUGAUUUUGUUGAGAGUUAUAUGUAUGCAGACUGAGUUUAUGUUAGGAACUAGAGACUAAAAUGCUACAAAAUAUUUAAAAAUCACUCGUUGUUAUACUGUCUGUAUUUAUGUUGUCACUUGUAAUUGUACCUAUACAGAACAGAAUAUAUGUUGGCAAGAAAAUAACAGGAGCUUCUUAAAGGUACCAUAAAAUCUGAAACGACGCUUUGCGUAUUAAGCUCGCGAUACGAGCAGGUAGAUCGGAGGUCAAAAUCUUUAAAAAUAUAUUUUAAAACUUUUAUAGUAAUGCACCCGACAUUUCUAUGGCUACGAACAUUUCAAGGGUCUCGUCCAAUGAGACGGUAUGGCAUCAGCUCAUUUACUGGAAUUAAUAUGACAUAACGAAUACUUAAUUCAGAUAUACCAAACAAAAGAGUACCUAAUUUCAUUACAAAAUGAGCAAUUUGAUUGAAAAUCCGAAGUCAUGAGGUACCUAUAUAUUAUGUCGUAAGUCCUCAAGGUCGUAAUUUCGAACUUAACUCCGACCCCGCUUCGUAACAAUAUCACGUAUCUGUACUAUUUAAUUUAUUAUGAAACGUGGUAUCGAACGGCUUAGAAAACUGUAAUAAUGUCCUACUAAUUGUAAUUAUUUUAUAUUAAAACCAUUAGAGAGCUGAGUCUGUGACAGUCAGAUUGUCAUAUUAUAAAAGAUGAAUGUUUGUCAACACUUGGUACAGUAGACAGCUAUGAAGUUUGGAUCAUAGUAGCUUUGCUUAUCAAAUUAUCCAAGUAGAUGUAUUGCGAAGGUUUGUUGUCUCUCAAAGCCAUCACGGUCCAAACAAGUAACGUAAGUACCAAGAAUACAAAAUCCUCGAAGUAGGUUGGUUCGAGUUUACAGAACAGGUAUGGUAUCAUCUUUGCAUCUACAAAGUGCAUGAUCCAAACUCUUCAGUCCUGCAUUAUUAAUAAAUAAAUAAUUAUAGUAUUUAUCUAUGGCAAGAAUGCUCUUAGCAUUGGUAAGAACGAUACAAACAACACAGAUAAGUAAGUAACGACAAACUGUCAGCUUUUAUAAUAUGACGAAAGUCAGGCCGACGCAGGCUCUGGCUCUAUAAGCUAUAAUACAAAAUUUAAACUUCCUAAACGAAAAAUAAUAGAGGAAAAUAACCAAUAAAGAGGGCCCUGAUCUAUCGGUUAAUCGAGUCUAUGGUAGCGUACAACUGCAGUAAAUCGAAAACCUAUGAACUCUAGUAGGUAAUGGUGCAGUCGAUGCGUUUUGAGAAAUGUAAGAAAUUAAUGUAAAAUACAAUAAUUUGCAAUAUUGAUUCGCGAAAGUUAUUAAGUAUAUAUUUUGGUGCAAUGUUUAUCAUAAACUCUGAACUUUUUCCAACUACUUUUUUACAUAAUGCAAUUUUUUAAAGCAUACCUCUAAGGAAACUAUGCGAAGACUGCAUUUUACAUAUUUUAUACCUAUUUGAUGUCUUUUGUAAUAGAUUUAAUAAUCGGUGUUACAUUUAUAUUAUAUUCUAGGUACGUCUAAUGGCUGCUAUAGUAAAUAUUGUUAAUUUGGUUUUUACACAAAUAUUUAAAACAUUUCUUUAGGAAGGGUAAAUCAUAUCGUGUCUAUUAGCAUAAGUGCCCACUUGUAAUUAUUGUUUUUGUUUUAGGGGUACCUACUUAAUACAUUGCGAUUAAAGCAAUCGCAAAGAGAGUGCCGAGUUCGAAUACUUCAUUAUGGAUGUUGAUGUUGGAACUAACGCCUAAUUCGGUCUACUUUAGUAUUUUAGUCGAGUACGAACUAUUUUAGGAUUUACCGCCCAAAAAUUGUUCGUACUUGACUGAAAUACUAAAGUAGUCUAUCCGGCUUAAAAGAGAUUUUACCCUCGUGCUACAGUAGCGCCCUCUCUAUUUAAAUGUUCACACACAGAGAUAUUUCUACUUCUACCUUCAAAAAUGUCCCUAUUUUAUCAAGCCUGCAAGAGUCCUUUUCAACAAAAUUAAGAUAUUUGCGUAAAACCGAAUUAACAAGUAAUGUCUUUUUACAACUGUUUUACUAUCUAUUUAAUAUUCGAUUUAAAAUAUCUAGAUCAUAAUAAUAAAUAUGCAUAAUAAUAAUAGUAAGGCGCUUGUUAAAAUGGAAUUAAAUAGGGAUUUUAUACAUUAUUUUAAUAGUUUAUGAAACGGAGACAAAGUGAUGUGCAUUUUUGGCAACAGCUAACAAGUGUGUAUAUAUGUAUGUUCGUCUGUUGCCAUUUUUCUAUUGCUAACUGAUUUGUUAAAGGUCUUGGCAUUAUGGUACAAUCUUUAAAUAAUUAUUUACGUUAAAAUCAAUAACAAUCAUAAUUGUUUAACUUCAAUUGGAUUACUAGCGCCAUCUAUCAGAGGAUAGUAAAAUUUGAAUUAUUCGCAUAAUCCUGAGGGGAGUCUGUUAUUAAUGAGUUAUUAAAAAAAACAUUUACUAUAUUUUAAAUGACUUUCUUUCCUACAAUUAGAUAAAAGUAGUUCUUUCUUACGCAUCUCAUCACUCUACGAAUGGAAACACGUGGAAGGUUCUGGGAACGAUUCUCGGUGGGAGUCUUUAAAUGAUUUUAUUAUUUUUUGAUGGGCUAAAGUUUAGGCAGCUUCCGUCGUGGCUGGCUAAGACCGUAGGUUCUGUAAGUGAUUUAGCGUUCUGAUAUUAAGGGAUAAAUAAUUGUUACUAUCCCAUACAUAUUUAUACGUAAAACAUCAUCGAGAAGGAAAAAUUGCACCGUCACUUACCUUCAGGCGGCAUUGAGCGCUAACUUGUCAGCGAAUAAAAUAUAGAUGUCGACAUCACAGGCUACGAACUGCUUUUAAUGAAACCUUUUGCUAUAUAAAAAAUUAAUCUCAUUGUACAUGUGAUGUAACUGAUAAGUUGUAGUACGUAGUUAGAUGUAAAGAUAUCGUAAGCGGUAACUUAGUAGGUGUAACGUAGCGUUUCCUUGUUUUUACGUUAAUGACUAUUAUUGCAAUAUAAAAUAAUUUUACACAUUU